GCACGUUGCCGUCCGGUGACUAAUAGCAGAAUAACAUUGUCUUGGGAUAAAAUAGCGCCGGGGCUGUUUACCCGCUCCAUGGGGGUUCGCUAUAAAAGGGCGCCGGGGACCGCUGCGCCAGCCAGACGCGUCGGGGCGCACCGAGCCGCUGCCUGCCCUAGCUCCGUGCCCCGACGGGGACGGGACACGAGCCUCCGUCCAGACGCUGCGAGACUCUUUCGCCCCUUUUUUCUCUUUUAUUAAUUUUCCCUUUCCUAUUCCCGUCCGCUCUCCGCUGUCUGCUAUGGAUUAUUUACAGAUGAUCGUCUCUCUUUUCUUCGUGCUCUGCCCGGGGCUGCUGCCGGCAGCCCCCGGAGCCGAGGCGGCCGCCGCGCCGACAUCCCCCUCCGCUGCCACCGCCUCCGCGCACCGCCGAGCCCGGCGCUGCUCCUGCUCCUCGCUGAUGGAUGAGGAGUGCGUGUACUUCUGCCACCUCGACAUCAUCUGGAUCAACACCCCCGAGAAGACUGUUCCAUAUGGUCUCGGAGGCCCUUCUCGAUCCAGAAGAUCACUGAAGGACAUGGUGCUGGAGAUGCUUGCUGAUCCUAGCAGCAGAUGCCAAUGUACCAACCAGAAGGACAAGAAAUGUCUGAACUUCUGCCAGACAGGAAAAGAUCUCUGGGCUCAGUCCACAGCGGAGAAAACCUUGCAUCACCGCAACAAAGGUGGCAGUUGCAUUGGACCCAAAUGCAUGAGCCAACGGCUUGUUGACAGCAAGAAAAUGAAGCAGCUGGAAGCUAUUGGUAAUAGUAUCAAAGCUUCCUUCAGUAUCGCAAAACUGAAGGCUGAGCUCCAGAAAGGGAGGAAGCUGAAACAUAACAGGGCGAACAAAAGACAAAGCUUCUGGGAAAGCCUGAAAGCAUCCUAGUGGGAAGAUCACCUGAAUCUUUCUCCACUACACUUGCUGACAAAGCACCACCAAACUUUCUCUUGACUUCUAACAUUCCACAAUGGUGAAGGGUCUCUCUGUCCAAGUGUUUGCGCAGCAGAACAAAACACUGAGGAAGUCCCAUAUUUGGAGGUACAAAAGGAAAAGAUUUCAUCAUCUUGGAAUUCAGAUGGAUGGGUAGAGGGGGUGAAGGGAAAUCUACAGUAACAUACAUGGAAAGCCAAGUUUCUGAAGAAACAUCUGAAUAUUGCCUCUGGAAUGUUACCCAUUAAUUGUGCAGCCUUCAGAGUCUACAUCAAAAGUAUCUGUCAAGGAAAACCUCAGAGAUGUGCUUAGAAAGGACAGAAAGCAAGAUAUGAGUGGACAAACUUCAAGGCAAAAAACUCUACUUUUUGAUUAAAAUGCAAAAAUGAAAGCCACAGUGCUACUUUAAUCAGGACUUACUGCAUAUAUACGUGUCUACCUCGUGUACUGUUUGUUGCACUCCUGCUAGAGUAUUUUUACACCUUGUUAUUGCCUUUACUAAUCAGCUGCAACCCUUUGCCUUUUUUCAGAAGUCUGGUUUACUUGUACUACCAGAGUUAUCAGAAUGUGGGUUAGGCACUGUGGUUGUUUGCACAGUCAAAUCCUUUGGUUUUAGAUACCAAAGGACUCUUCAAAAUAAAAUAAAAAUUAGAGGACGCUACUAGGUUUCCCAUAACAAGAAUAUUUGGCUAACUGAAGUUCUAAUAAUAGAGGUUAUUGUGUCUUACAUUGCACCAAAAAUGCACUGGAGUGGGGAUGUACCAAAGGCUGUUGUGAGAUACAUUCAGUGCCUUGUUUGGUAGAAUUGUGUUGAGACAAAGGGUUGUUUUGAAUUAUGUCAAAAGGCUAAUAUUAGGUGAAUGUUUAUAGCAGUGAAUUUAUUCACAUUGUUGAAUUUGCUGACAGGUUGAAUCUUUUGUGCUCAUUUUUUUUGUGUUUUAUAUUUAUAUUCACACAAAUUCUUCAUUAUAUUUACCAUGUUGAAUACACAUUGAAGUAGGCCAUAUUGGUCUAUGCAUGUUUUAUGUAUUUCUGUAUGAAAUUGGAAAAUGCUUUAUGCCUAUCAAGGUAAAUAUCUCCAGAAAUAAAUAUUUUUAAUUACUGUA